GCCUUUCCUCUGCUUAACUCUGCAUGCAGCCGGCGGCCCGUUAUAACGGGCCGUGGGGGAAUAACAGGCCAAGCCCCAAUGUUGGAAUUCCUAUCUCAACAUGCAUGGAUAGUCCAUCAGAAGAAUCUUCUUUAGGUAUCCGCUGCAUAUUCGCAGGUCUAAACAGGUCUUAGUGUGAAAUAAUCAUAUUGCACAUAUAUAUGGAGCCUGCCCCAAAAACCAACCUCCUAAGCAAAAUCCGUACUGAGCAAAAUGCCAGGCCAAGGUUCAGACAAAGCAUACUUGUCACAAUUCAAAAACAACGAUGGCGGCCCGAAAUACGAUUUCACUGUGGCAACGUCACUGGAAAGCAUCAAUGCAGGCCUCAGAGAAUUCCUCACUGUGGGCAAUUCACCGGCGUUGAGGUUCUGUAGAUUCUUCACUGACGAGGGAGUGGAGUAUUUGAUGGAGUGGGAAGAUGUACUCAAGAUAACGAACAACGUUGAUCCUUUUCAAAUCGCAAGCAAGGAAGGCAAGGCUUUUAAAGACGAUCCUACGAUCCAGCUUCUUCAUGACAAAGGCUUCUCAUAUGGGGUUAUGGUUCAACCCGGCAUUCCUAGUUGUUUGAGUGGGCGGGACUUCAGGAACUUUGCCAUUGUCAACUUUGAUAGUGGGAUUGAGAGAGUUAAGUUCAAGCUUCUGUUUGAGGAUGUCAUUGUUGUUGAAGACAACGCCCAUGUAAGGGCUGGCAAAUGGACCCGAUGGACACAGGCUGAUGAGGGUGACGAUGAUGCUUGGUUUGUUGAGGCUGAUGUCAAUCUUACGAUAAGUGCUCUAAGCGACGAGCUCGAUACGCCUUACUUCAAAAAUCACCCCGACGAGAGAGACAAACUUAUGAGACAAUUGAACAAUAUCUCUGGAACAGCAUAUAGUUUGGAGCAGCUAUAUUUUGACCUCAAUCAAACCGUUCUCUCACCUAGUUCGGCACUCAAAUAUUUGAAAAGCGGCGAGGAAGUGUUACCGACCGGGUCGGCUGCUCAAAAGGCGGCGGUCUCAGCAUAUAAGGAUGGCUACGAGAAGAUUGCCAAAUCUCAAGGCGAGCCACUCGUCACCGUUACAGCUGUUGUUCAAACCAAGGAUGCAUCGGACCUGCAGAUGACCGCAUUCGAGCGACAGAUUAGCAAACUGAAGGAUAGCAAUGGGUCUGUGAUUCAAAAUCCGACCAAGCUCCAAAAGGCGGCAGCUACGCUGGACUACCUCUGCACAACCAAACCAGGAGCAGGUCCUCCCAGCACCAAUUCCUUUAAUUGGAACUGGGUGACGGAGAACGAAGUCUCUCUCAAGCACGGUGUUGUUGCGAUCAACCGGAACACUAUCGCCAAGUAUUUCUUGAAACAGUUGCUCGAUCCGAAAAUAUCAGACAACUCACUGCGGAGAUUCUGCGUCAGGAUACAGCCCUAUUGGAGCAAUGGUGGAUAUGGCGUUCCUGUAGCGCCAUUUCAAGAACCGGAUUCCGCUAUUGUUACAGACAAUGGGAGGACAGUUAUUCAAGUUUCCUACGACUAUAAGGGCAGAGCUGACCUUGAUGACUCCAGACUCUAUUUUGACAGCUCAUAUACUUGCGAUGUUUCUUUCUACGACAAUAUAAUAGAAGUAAAGCACGUUAGCAAAUUCUGGACGGAUUUCUCGGUGUGGGGGAGUGUAGGAGCUGGCUACUUUAUUUGGUCUGAAUCAACCGAGUCGCUAAGCAUAUCUGUCGACUCUAAAGGGGAGCUCUACACACAAUCCAAUUAUGAUCAAGUCAUAAAUGAUAAGCAUGAUCACCUGGAAGACACACACGACAAUGUAAGGGGGUGGAGGAACGGGGUUCUUGCACAGUUAUAUCCUUUUACACCCGUUUUGAAUGUCGGGAGCGUCAAUAAUUUCAUCUUCCCAGCUGCUCAGACCUUUGCAUUCACCAAGCCUCUCUUUUCGGUCUACCAAGACCUGGUGUGCGAUAUCAACUACUUAUCGCCCUCAGGUCAGGCGGUGCAAUCUCAGUGGUCACAGCCUCAGCAGCGCCUGUUGAAGAUGGCAGCGAGGCCCUCAACAAUCGAGGCUCCAAAGGACUCGCUUGCGUGGUCUUGUGAAUAUAUCCAUAAUUACGUAGGGGGCAUGCGAAAAAUGGCGCCAACGACAAAGCAAUUUUUGGCACUGCAGAACGAGGAGGGCCAUGGGAUGGUCUUUGAGCUCGACAGCGACGGAGUGUUGCGAGUGUUUUUGGAGAAGAGCGGCCAAGCGGAUACGCCUACCGGGUGGCAAGUGGCUGACUUAUCAACUACUACCCUGGCUGCCCGCUGUCCAGGAGGGGUUGUGACGAGGUUUGACGUUGCCCAAAGUGAGCUUGACGGAAGUAUUGGGCUCAUGAUGGCAGUACGUGCAGCUGACACCGACGUGCUCUUCACGGCCUUACAUAAGAGUGCCUACUACACCGAAUGGGUAGAUAAUCCGGGAUGGAAGAAACUGGAGUACGAUGGGACAUACCAGACGACUACGGGUCAAAUCCACCAAGCGCUUACAACCAAGAUCACAAUUUCUGGCACCUACUUUGCAGAGAUCGGGGGUGGGCAGUAUUUAGUUGUUGAUCUGAAUCGACCCGAGAACGGCAAACCCCACAUCGAGCGCUAUCACAUUGUCGACGGCGACUGGGUGAUCCAUCCAAUUGGUCUCGAUGUCGAAAGCGAUAGCUACCUCUCUGUCGUUGGACGCAUCAAGCUCUCAAAAGCCGUGGAGGCGACGGAGCGGCAGGUAGUGAGCGAGGCACAUGGGAAAGCACAAGCUGCUGGUCAGAAGUUUGCAGCUAAGCCAAAGGAUCGCAGCAGUGACGGUCUCUACACCCUAGGAAGAGCUGGUUCUAGCGUGCAGUUUGAGUUUCGACCAUUGGAGAACGAUUACAGCGAUAUUGUACCGCCAACUGUGCGCCUCCUUCAGUGUCCUGGAGGUGGGAAGAUGCCAUCAGCUAUCACCGUUGCGCGCCAUAAUGAUUGGGAGAAAGACCUCGAUCGAUAUGCUUUCACUGACGUUUACAUCGUUGUGGACGAUACACUUUACCGGCUUGAUAACGCUGCACAGAUGAGUAAGACAGAUAGGUCAGUCGCGAUCUGUACGAAUGACCUUCUCAGCCAGACCACGAUACUCCUGGGCACAGUUCGUCAUGGUAUCACAACUAUUUGGGGUCGUAAUGAGGCUGGAGAUGUCUUUUAUGUAGCCUGCGAGGUCGAGAACCUGCAGAACCCCAAUUCCUGGAGUGUUCCAAUACCUAUUCUCCGGAAAACGACCAACAUCGCCACUUACGCCAAUCGUGUUGACGGUGGCAAUACGAUAUAUGCUGCACUUGAGGAUAGUACCUUCCAGCGUCUAACCCAAGAUCCAUUGGUCAGCAAGCUCUGGCGAGCUGAUGGGAUGCAGAUUCCAGCGCGAGAGGACGUCAUAACUCCUUCCACACCAAUAACCUCCGUGACUACGACUGUGCGAAUAUCGUCGUCUCCAGGGGCAAAGCCACCCACAGGAAAGAAUGCUGGCAAGUCCACAGUAUAUCUACGAGCCAGCUCCCGUACUCCUGUCUAUGUGAAUGGUAUCUAUCAUGUACUGGAAGCAUUGAAGACUAGCGAGGUGCUCACCGACCUACUUGGUGUGUUGACUAUUGUCGAAGAAACACCCGAUAUGAGCGCAGCGAUCCUCACUGUGUCGCUAGAUAACUUCCAGACCCAAACUAUCAUCGACCCCACACAAGUUGCCUUCGAAAAGCUCACUUCGCUUCAAACUUCCGAUGAACUGAAGAAGGCGAAAGUUUACCGGAAUCCCAUAGCAGGAGGAAUUCGAUCCGACUCGAAGCAGGACCUGCUCAUUCCCAAUGGGACCAACGCAGACGACGUAGACGUUAUCGCCAAAAGUCUUGCCUUGAUUGCUUCGUGCCGUCAAACCUUUGGAAUUAUACCGGGUGCUGCAGCUCCAUCUCUGCGCCAGAACCAAAAUCACCAGAUUGUAGGGUCAGGAUCCGACAACCAACGAAGUCGUCUCUCCAAGGACAACAUAGCUAACUUUGCUUGGUGGAACCCCUUGGACUUGAUCCCUUCCUCGGUCGGCGACCUUAUACGAGGCUUACUCAAUGGCGUAGGAAAGCUUGCAGGGCUGGUUUUUGAUGCGGCCUCUAACGUGUAUCAUCUCGUGGUUAAGGUGGGUAAGUUGGUAUAUCAGGCGGUGCUUGAUACUGCAGAGGCAUGCGUGAAGGCAGUUGUGUGGCUUUUCGAUAAAGUCGCAGGUGCGGUUGAGGAUGCUGUGCGUUAUAUCCGAUUGCUACUUGAGUGGGAUGAUAUCGAGAACACUAAGGAUGUCUUUCACCAUUUCACACUGCUCUUCUUAAAACAUCAGGUGGAUCAGAUCCCAAAGCUUCAGAAGGUUAUUGACGAUAAGAUUCUUGCUAUGGAAAAGAAGGUAGCAGGUUGGGCCGGAAUCGAAGGACCUAAGAACAACUGGUCUGGGUUAGGUGAGGCCGGAAAUCAGACUGCCGCUGGAGGUAGUAGCUCCGACCCCAAUGAAGGCCAGACAUCAUUGUCCCGAACACUAUCAAGUGCUUUCUCGAACAACGUUGGCUCGCUUGCUAUCAUUGGGGACGGCCCAUCCAUGAGCGAAGCCAAGAGUCUAAUUACUAUUCUUCUCGACGCCAUUUCGAGUGAGGGCGAGGUCUUAGGAGCUGUCAUUGGGCAGCUCAAAACUCUGGCCGAGGACUUUAGCUCUUUGAAACUCGCAGACAUUCUCAAGCGGCUUGUAGGAAUCAUUGUCAACGGUGUUAUGGGGAGUGCAAAGGUUGUGAUUAAUGCUUUGCUCAAUGUGCUCCAGAGCAUUGCAUCGACGCUGGUUCAGUUAUUGGAUACGAAAAUUUACAUCCCAGUAAUCUCAGAUAUCCUCGGUAAAUUAGGCUACCAAGGAUUCUCAUUUCUCGACCUGUUUACCUGGAUCGCGGCAACAGGCUAUACAAUCGUCUUCAAGAUUACACAUGGUAAAGCACCAUUCACCAGUGGCGAGUCCAAAACCAUCACCGGUGCCAUAGAUUGGAAUGCCCUAAAGGGGGUGGUGAAUUCCGUGUCUACAACAGGCGAAAAUAUAGUUUCAAAAACGGGUGCAGGUCUCAAAAUAGCUGCAAUUGGUAUGGGGGCUCUUCUCAAGGUCCUGACAGCUUUCGUUGCUCCUCUUGAAGCAGAGACCACAAGUGGAGAUACUCCCGUUUCUACUGCAAAGAUGAUUCUCGACGUUCUAGCCGGCGGGACAAUAUCGGGUGUAAGUAUGCUUGUGCCAUCCAACCCUAUCAAAGACGAGAUCGUCAGCAACAUCAGUGAAGCUGUCUCUGGAAUAGAGUUGCUUGUCUCGCUCAUGUUCUCCAAAAAAGUGCAAGCACAGCUUGGCAAGGUGGGAGGGACAGGAGUAAAGAACCUCCAAGCAUCCAAUGGUCGUGGCGUUGCUGCCAUUAUCAAGGCAGUCCUUGUUAUCCCAAAGCUCUUCUGCACGGUAUGGCAUACGAAUGAGCUGGCGGCGUUAGAGGAUAGCGCAGAUAAGACAGCGGAUAUUCUUGGGAGGGUCGCUGAAAUUACUGGAUUCUUGAUCACUGUCACAUAUGCAAUUGCAGUCAAUGACAAGGAUAAAGAGAGCCAGCAGAUCUUUGUUAUUGCUUUGGGGGUGGAGAACUUUGUCCUUGCUGGCGUGUUGGCCUAUGAAGCGGGGAAGCUUGCGAGUAAAGGAGUCAGCUCAGCCAUUGCUACUCGUAUGAUAAAAGAAAGUGCUGCGAUCGGAGGAGCACAUGGCUUUCGCAUUGAAGAGCUUGUUUUCAAAUCAAAUAAAUAGUCACUUGGUAGAUAGUUGAGGAUUCAGUUUGAAUUGUUUGUUGUUUAGCCUAGGUCAGAGAUGGAAUUUUCUGAAUAAUCCA